UCAUGACCUGGAUGAUCGCUCCUCAUCAUGGCUUUGAGUUUUAAGUGCUGUUGGAAAGAGGUCCUUCUGCUCUCUUUCCUUCUGGUCUGUGCCAAUGGACAAAGUUCAAGACCAUCUUUCAUUGUGACGUUUCCAGCAGUGAUCGAGUCGGGAUCUGAGGCCAAAUUCUGUGCAAGUCUUCUCAAGCCCAAUGAAAGCCUUGUCAUGAACAUUCAUCUGGUUCAUGGUGACCAGAGCACUUUACUGCUGCAGGAGAAAGCUGAGGAAGAGUUUCAUCGCUGCUUUAACUUCAAGGCUCCUCUGGUUGAAGCAGAAUCGGUACAGGAAAUGAAGGUAGAACUUCAAGGAGAGACUUUCAAGAUGACUGAUGAGAGAAAAGUCAUGUUCAAGCCUUACCAUCCUCUGACCUUUAUCCAGACUGAUAAACCCAUCUAUCUUCCAGGACAGACAGUGAACUUCAGAAUUUUUAUUAUGGAUACAAACUUUGUACCCUGUGAUCAGCAGUAUAGUACAGUCAUGCUUCAGGACAGUCGAGGUAAUCAGAUUGGUCAAUGGACAAAUGUUUCUUCAACAAGAUGGAUUUUGCAGCGUUCUUAUGAAUUAAACCCAGAGGCCCGUCAAGGUACAUACAAACUGAAGGCUUUUUUUGGUAACAGGAUGAUCUCACAUGAAUUUGAGGUGAAAAAAUAUGUUUUGCCUAAGUUUGAAGUUACAGUGACAGCACCAAAAAGCAUUGAUGAUGAAUUAAUGGCAGUUCAAGUUUGUGGAAAAUACACUUAUGGACAGCCCGUAUCUGGUAAAUCAUCGGUGAAAAUGUGCCAUCACUGCCAUGGUCGUUCACUGUGUGUGAAUGAAACCACUGAGAUAAAAAAAACAGGCUGUGCCAUCCAUACCUUUGAUAUACCUGCCUUUUUAAAAUCAACAUAUGAUCCUCUGAAACAUUCUCUUCAUGUUGAAGCAACAGUAACUGAAGAAGGAACAGAGAUCACCAUGACCAAAUCUGAAUCUGUAUCUCUCACUUAUGAAAUUGGUAAAGUCACACUUACUGACCUGCCCAAAACAUAUGAACAUGGAUCAGUUAUAGAAGGAAAAGUCAACCUAACAAGAUUCAAAGGAACCCCUCUUCCAAACAAAGACAUAUAUUUAUUGAAAGAUAACAGUUGGCCAUCAAAAGUGCUGCUAAAUCUCACUACAGACAGCGAUGGACUGGCCAGCUUCUCUCUUAAUACAUCUAGUCUUUCUAAAAGUAAUAUUAAUCUGAUGGCAAGUGUGUAUCCAGGGUAUAUUUGUCAUCAUCACAACACACCUUACAUCUCUGAGGAUAAAAAAACAGUUCAGCUCCUCCGGCCUGCCAUUCCAUACACCCCAAUAAUAAGUGAAUUGAUUAUAGAGAAUAUUGAGCAACUAUUAAAGUGUGAUGCUGAGUUUACUGUGACCAACUAUUAUUUUGUUAGAGAGACAAUUGAAAACUUCAAAACGGACAUUGUCUAUAUGGUCUUGUCCAGAGGAGUGAUCGUUCAUCAUGGAUAUGAGAAGGUUGAAGUGAAAUCUUCUAAUGGAGUAGCAAGAGGCACAAUGUCAUUCAAACUGUCUAUUAGUGCAGAUCUGGCUCCAGUAGUGCAGAUUCUGGUGUACUGUGUUCUGCCCAGUGAAAAUGUUGUUGCUAGUAGCAAAAAUUUCAACACUGAAAAGUGUUUUAAAAACAAGGUGUCUCUGCAGUUUUCUCCUGCUAAAGCAGUUCCUGGUGAGAAAAACACUCUGCAGCUCUCAGCUCAGCCUGGUUCACUGUGCGGCCUCAGUGCUGUAGAUCAGAGCGUCCUGAUCCUGAAGUCAGGACAACGUCUGAAUGCUGACAAGAUCUUCAACCUGCUUCCAGUGCAGUCGGGGUCAGCUUAUCCUCGUAGAGUUGAUGAUACACAGGAGUGUGUGUAUAUGCUGUAUGUGUCGAUAGACAACGCCUUAAAGUCCUCAAAGAGAGUGGGAUUGAAGAUGGCAACAAAUUUGGCUGUGACAUCCGAAAGCUUGACUUGUGAAAUGUACAGGGAGUUAUUUUUUUUUCUUGAAGAUAGAGGCUUUUACAUCAAUAGAAUGAAGGCCCGGAAAGAUGACAGUGAAAAGAAAGAUGAUCCUUCAGCUGAAGAAAACGUUCGGUCCUCCUUUCCAGAAACAUGGAUUUGGCAACUUGUUGAAACUGGGGACUCUGGAUCAGUUCAGGUUCCUGUCACGGUUCCUGACACCAUCACCUCUUGGGAGACGGAGGCCUUCUGUCUGUCCUCUGAAGGUCUGGGUCUGGCUCCUCCUGCUCAGCUGACAGUUUUCCAGCCCUUCUUCCUGGAGCUCUCUCUGCCUUACUCCAUCAUCCGUGGGGAGAUCUUUGAGCUGAAGGCCACUGUCUUCAACUAUCUGUCCAAGUGCAUCAUGGUUAAAGUGACUCCAGCUCCUUCCUCAGACUACACUCUCAAAGCCUCCUCUGAUGAUCAGUAUUCAUCCUGUCUAUGUGCUAAUGGAAGAAAAACCUUUAAAUGGAUCCUCACUCCUUCUGUUCUUGGAGUCUUGAAUAUUACAGUCAGUGCAGAGGCAGAGGCGUCCCAGACUGUGUGUGACAAUGAGAUUGUGAGUGUCCCAGAGAGAGGACGCAUUGACACGGUCACACGAAGUCUGAUUGUACAGGCUGAAGGAACUGAAAAGACAGAGACUCACAGCUGGUUACUGUGUCCAAAUGGUGACAGUCUCUCAGAGGAAGUGGCUCUGACUCUUCCUAAAGAUGUGAUAGAGGGAUCAGCCAGAUCCACUGUUUCAGUCAUUGGAGACAUAUUGGGUCGGGCACUGAGGAAUCUUCACGGAUUAUUACGGAUGCCGUACGGCUGUGGGGAACAAAACAUGGCUAUUCUUUCUCCCAAUAUUUACAUUCUGCAGUAUCUGGAGAACACGGAGCAGCUCACCUCAGCCAUCCGAGAGAGAGCCACCGGCUUCCUGAAGAGCGGAUACCAGAGACAAAUGAACUACAAGCAUUUUGAUGGAUCAUACAGCACAUUUGGUUCUGGUGAUGGGAAUACAUGGUUGACUGCUUUUGUCCUGAGGUCUUUUGGCAGAGCACAGAAAUACAUAUUUAUUGAUCCACAAAUUAUUCAGAGUGCAAAGGAAUGGUUAAUAAAAAUACGGGAUUCAGAUGGCUGUUUUAUCCAACAGGGAAGACUGUUCCACAACAGAAUGAAGGGUGGAGUGAAUGAUAAUGUGACCAUGACUGCCUACAUUACUGCAUCAUUGCUUGAACUGGAAACUCCAGUCACUGAUCCUGUCGUCAGUAAAGGUUUGUCAUGCUUGAGGUCCGUCAUUGAGGAUGUCAAAAACAUUUACACCACUGCUCUGCUCACCUACACUUUCAGUCUGGCUAGAGACACGGACACUCGACAGCAGCUUUUCAAGAAACUGGAGGAUGUUGCUAUUUCAGACAGGUCUCUUCUCCACUGGUCUCAGUCUGCAUCUGCUGAUGACUCUGAUUCUCUGGCAGUGGAGAUCAGCUCAUAUGUGCUGCUAGCUGUUCUCACUGCAGAUUCAGUCACUACAGCUGAUCUGGGCUAUGCUAACAGGAUUGUCAGCUGGCUUGUGAAGCAGCAGAAUGCCUAUGGAGGAUUCUCCUCCACACAGGACACAGUGGUGGCUCUUCAGGCUCUGUCUUUGUACGCCACCAAAGUGUUCAGCUCUGACGGCUCCAGCACAGUGACUGUACAGUCAGCAGGAGACUCUCACCACUUUGAGGUCAAUCAGGACAACAAGUUACUGUACCAGGAGAAGCAGCUGCAGAACGUUCCAGCCAAAUACAGCAUUGAAGUGAAGGGCUCGACCUGUGUGUCUGUGCAGAUGGCUCAGUUCUACAACAUUCCCACUCCUACUGGAGCUAAAACAUUGAGCAUUGAAGCUAAGAUUGAGGGAGAUUGCAAGAAAUCCUCUGGACAGUACCUAUUGUUAAACUUCACUGUGAAAUAUGAUGGUCCACAGGCAAGAACUAACAUGGUCAUUGUGGAUAUUAAACUCUUGUCAGGAUUCACAGCUGAUACAUCAAUGCUUGAACCUCAAAGCACUUCAAGCGAAUCACUUGUGGAACGGGUCGAUUCUAAAGAUGAUCAUGUCAUCGUGUAUUUGAAAGAGGUUCCAAAAAAUAUUGCAGUCAAUCACCAGUUACAAUUAAAACAGAUUCUUCCAGUGAAGAAUCUCAAGCCAGCUGUGAUUAAAGUGUAUGAUUACUACCAAACAAGUGAUCUGGUGGAGACUGAGUAUUCAUCUCACUGUGAAUGAAGUGUCGUGCUUCAGUUCUGCAGCUUGGAUAAAUAUGUUUUUAUUCAGUGUUUAUAUCUUUUCCUGGGCAAAUUAGUUUCCUGAUUAGCCUAUUUUAUUAAACCCAGACAAACUGAAAACA